AUGCGAACCCAGCCAUUUGGUCAGACUCGCGACUCACCACCUGCAUUUGCAUCGCCUCAUCCCGCGCGGUUCCCCCUUCCGCAAGGAGCGCCAGUACAGGUUGUCUCCUAUAGGCCGCCGACUUCAGAAGGCCCACAGCGCAUUAUUGUAUUUCCAGCUCCUGGAAGAAUUCCUCCCAAUAGGUUCGAGGACCUCUCACUCCAGCCGCACCAAGGCCAGCCAAGACCUCACACAGCUGGAAAUGGACAGUCAGCUCCAAGAUAUGCAUUACCACCUGCAACGACUCGAUACCAAGAUCCUUGUGAUAGAUGCUCUCCACGCUUAGUACCCAUUUCGGGUGACCCUUUCGAGGCACCAAGGUCGGAUGGUCCUUAUCUCGGCGCUCCUCAGAAAUUUGUCCGAGUUGAACGAUCCCAGGAUGGAUUGAAUGCAAGAACACCAGCUUUGGCGAAAUCCAAUCCAGCUUGUGGCUCAAUUUUCCCGAAACCGCAAACUCCCCAACCCAGCGAGAUCAACAUGAACCGUAGAUGCGAUUAUCUACCCGAAUCUAUGGUGCCCCUCUGGUACAUCCAGAGCCCAAUUGUCCAACCUGAAGACUCACGGCAUUAUCUCUGUGCAACCUGCCGCCAUAUCGAUUUCCUGGCUCUCUUCAAGCAACGGGAAACGAGUGUCCUGCCAACUCUACGAGACUACGUCGUCCUUGGCCCGCUCCGCACCCUCAUCAGCCGCGGCUGCGGUUUCUGCAAGCUCGUCGCACGCAUUAUUGCACUGGAUGCCGUCGAGGAUCUGCCGCGCACACUCUCUGAUGAAGAAAGAUUGGAGGCGCAGAGAGAGAGGUUUUUGGAGCUCCUCAACGACAUGUACUACCUCUGCCCUGUUCGCUUCGAGACUACGUUCAACAAUCCUGCUUUGUACAUCUGCUCGGCGAAAGACAUUAAUGAUUUGGAACAGCAGCGGUCUUCUGUGCUGAGGCCGCGACAGAGCAUGGCUUUCAGGCCGCUGCACCGCUCGGAACCGAAUCUUGGGCGCAUUUUGAGGUCGCCGGAGCAGAUUGACUUCGAGUGGAUUCGUGCGACGAUGCAGCUCUGCGACGAGAGGGAUAGGGGGAAGACAUCGUAUCAGCACAAUAUCACCGUACGGGCCAUCGACGUCGACCAGAUGUGCAUCGUCGAUCUGGACGACGGAGUGCGCUAUGUGACGCUCAGCUAUACUUGGGGAAAAACCAACCAGCUACUUCUACAGCGCCCACUAGAACCGCAGUUUCGCACCCCAGGCGGCCUCCGCGCGCUCCUCACCCGGAUUCCGAGGACCAUCCGCGACUCCAUCAAGCUCGUGCGGAGUAUAGGCGAGCGCUAUCUCUGGGUCGACGCACUCUGCAUCCUGCAAGACGACGCCACGGACAAAGGCGCCCAGAUCGCGGAGAUGGGCAACAUCUACCGCCACAGCAUCCUGACCAUCUGCGCAUGCUGCGGCACCGACGCCUCCUACGGCCUCCCCGGCAUCGACCCAGGAACCCGCACCACGCGGCAAGCGGCCGAAAUCGUCGGCGAUCUCGUCCUCGGGAACAUCCUGCCGGACAGCGAGUCCACGGACACGUCCAAAUGGAGCACGCGCGGCUGGACGCUGCAGGAGAAAGUGCUCUCGCAGCGCAAGCUACUAGUCACCGACUCGUGCGUGCGCUGGUGGUGCUGGCACACCAUCACGUCCGAGGACGAGAACUGCCGGCACGUGGGCUGGAAGCCGGGCACGCCGCACCGCGGCAUGUAUUUCUUCAAGACGGAGCACGAGCUGCUUGUUUCUAAGAUUGCGCGCAACUCCAAUAUGGAUAUCUAUGCGUUUAUUGUCGCUGACUACACGGCGCGCGAUCUGACGAUGCAGACGGAUGCUGAGAAGGCCAUCACGGGCGUGUUUAACGAGAUUGAUGGCUUGUUUCGAGGCAGCUUCUUGUGGGGGAUUCCGGAUACGGAGCUGUGUGCGGGAUUGCUUUGGGUUCCGCUUGGGAGCAGUAAGAGGAGAGUGGAUCUAGAGACGCGGAGGCCCUUGUUUCCCAGCUGGAGCUGGCUCGGCUGGGUCGGUCAGGCGGCGUAUCCGUGGCUCAUUGAGCGCUCGUUUCCCAUGUCUGAAUGGGGCUCUCCCCUGCUUUUUAAGGAUAUGGCCGUGGACGUCUCCUCCGAUGAAGACGAUGACCUGUGGUUCACAGGCGAAACCUACCGCAUGGGCGGCCCGCAGUUCGCGAAUCUACAUCUCUGUCUCAGCAGCAGAUGGCGUCUCGACCCCGAGGAUGGAUGGAGCUACAUCGACGAGCAAUCCGAAGCGCACCGGUGGCUCCAUCCCGUCCUGGACCCCGGGCUCCACGGCCGCAGCUACGCCCUCUGCGCCGCCGAUUCUCACCUGCUGCACCUGCACACGCUCUCCGCGCACUUCCGCCUCGAAGGGCGCCUCCGCAAGCGCAAAGAAAAGCACGACUACCUGCACGACGUGCUGCAGGUGCGGCUGCUCGACGCCCGCGGCUUCGCCGCCGGGUACGUGUACGUGCCGGACCCUGCGACGACGCUGGAUCCGCGCUUCAAAGAGCGCUAUCUAGAGGGCAGGAAGGAAUUCAUUGUCGUCUCGCGCGCGAGCACGAAUGCGGAUCCGCGGGUGGGCAGGGAGCUGCUGCACUCGACGCCUAUUUGGGAGCUAGGACAUGUGUACUCGAUGGCGUAUAUGAUGAGGGAUGAGCAGCAGUGGCGUGCACAUGGAGAUGGGGAUACGGAGCAGGAGCAGGAGCAGCAUGUUAAUGAGAAAGCGGGGUUUGAUGAGCGCUUGUAUGAUGCGGUUACGCCGUGGGGUUUGUUUAAUGUGUUGAUGGUUGAGUGGGUUGGGGGGAUUGCGUACCGCGUGGCUGUGGGAAGGGUGCAUGUUGCUGCGUUUAUGGAGGCGGAGCCGGUGGAGAAAGAGGUGGUGCUGGGAUGA